AUGUCACUGGAAAUUUUGUCAGCACAGACACAAAGUUUCAAAGACUCAGCCAUUGAGCUGAUUGGCAACAAAUACAAGAAUGUUCAUGUACAGUCUGUUAAUUUUGAAGUUAAACAAGACAAAUAUGAAGCAAAAAUAGCUAUUAUCACAGAUUUGAGGCUAAUUAUAGCAAAGCACAAACCUUUAAAGAUUGAAUCAAGCAUUCACUAUGGAGACAUAGUGUGUGUCAAAUGCCAGGACACAAAUAUGGUAUCUUUAGUAUACGAACCGUGGAGUAGUAGUAGUAGUACUAGUGGUGGUGGUGGUGGUAGCGCGCCUGGCAGCGCCACAAAGCAAGUGAAGCUAGCAGCUGCGAGUUACGAUGACGAUUUGUCAAUGUUCUUGAGAACUUUCUUUGAGUUUAUCACCAUCGUACAUCAUUAUUAUCCAAUCAGGAAGACUUUUUCGCAUCGAGUCGGUUUCCCGGACCAACACGCCUACCUACUGUCGCCGUGUGGUAACUUCACCAACGUCUACCGGUCGAAAUGUGACCAGUCGGAUGCCAUCUAUCACGAAGAUGUUGCGUGGGACAUAAAUACCUUGUACAAUUCAGCUGACAACGCCGAAUUCAUCCUGUCCGAUUUUGAGAACAUCCCACAGAAGCAGAUGAUUCCGUUACUGGCAGCCCUAGAGCACAAUUUUUAUUUCAAAACGUUCAAUCUAUCCAACGUGAAAUUGACAAACGACCAUUGCAACGAGUUACUCAAAGUUUUAAAAAGUAACAUAACUGUACAGAGUCUUAACAUUAGUAACACAGGCGUUAAAAGUGAUUACGUGACGAAGUUGUUUCCAACUCUGCACCAUCCACAUCCCUUGUGCAUCAAACAUCUGGACCUUUCAAAUAACCUCUUAGAAGACAAAGGCUUAACAUCAUUAUGCACCUUCCUAUCGACACACAACACUGAACUGGUGACCUUGAACUUAGCUUCGACGUCCUUGACCUACAAAGGUAUCAACCAAUUGGGCGAGAGUUUAUGUUGCCAGCCGUGUUACAAGCAGACGCUGAGUAAGCUGGAUCUUUCGGGCAAUUUGUUGAAGGGUGAUGAUAUUAGUCUGAUGCAUAAAUUCUUAGCGGAGCAAAACAGAUUACGGCAUAUAAACAUCUCAGGCACAGAUUGGCCUCUAGAUACAUUUUUCUCAGCUGCUGCACGUGGUUGCACGCAGUACCUCCAAACGCUGAACGUAUCAAACUGUGCAAUAAGCAGAAAGCAGGCGGCCCUCAAAGAUGGUCAUCUCGCUGACAGUGGCCUCCUGCUGUCCUGGAAACAGUUUUUCACUUCCGUUUCCGGUUUAAGUUCGGUGGAUUUUAGCAACGUUAAGAUGAACGCCGAAGCUGUCAAGUGUAUUCUAGACGGUUUGCAAAAUAACACGGUACUCAGCGAUAUAAAACUCAUUCUGAUUGGCUGUCAGCUUGGCCAAUCACAGCCUUCGAUCCAAAUUUUCACUUCUAGAAUUUCGACCAUGAAGAAUGUUACUAGCCUGGAUAUAAGUGAUAACGGUUUGGACCAGCUGUUAAUAAACAUAGUCGAAGAGUUAACUAUUAACAAAUCAAUCAAGCAGUUAUUCAUUGGUAGUAAUGUUAUAACAACUAAACCGAGAUGGGUUCAUAAGUUGAUGGAGAAGCUAGUAACAAUGCUACAAGAUGAUAGAAAUCGAAUAGAAACGAUAUCCCUUAAGAACAUGAAAAUAAAGUCCGACCUGACGAUAUUAUUUGACGCCCUGGCCGCCAACGAUAAACUUACGUCGCUAGACGUCAGCGAAAAUGGCAUGGGCGAUGCAGGGGCGCGCAUAUUGUCGAAGGCCUUGAUGUUGAACAGAUCGAUGUUGACGCUGGCGUUGGAUGGCAGUCAGCUGACGCACGUUGGCUUCGAAGCUGUGGCCAGUGCGUUCGAGAGGAACACGACCUUGCGGGAACUACCAAUACCGUUAAAUGAUGUUUUGAGCGCUUGCAAAAUCAAUCAACAAGCUACUGACGCCGCCAUAAAGAAGAUCGAGUCGAGCCUAAGAAGGAACCAAACAAUCCUUCAUUUUGAAGACUACAGACCUACUCUGAGAUUUGAACAGUGGAUGUCUAACACAUUCGAUCAGGAGUUACUUACAUCAGGAAUUCGGGAACUUUCUGAAUUACUGACAGUAUUCAGCAAUACUCUGGGCUACAGAUCUUGUAAUAAAUUACUCGAGCGUGCCAUUGAAAAUUGUAGGCAGGUUCUACUGGACUCUGUUGCCAUCAAAAAAUUCUUUGAGAGCACGUACCAGCAUGUAAAAUCGAUGAAAGACUGUAUGGUUGGUUGUGAGGUGGAGAGAGACAUUUCAAAUAGAUACAUGCACUUUUUGCAAGAUAUGAUGGAAGGGUACGGAAAAUUUACCUACGAUUCAUUUGCGUCACUGCUGAAAAACAAGUUUAAACCGGAAAAUUUCCAUUUGACGGAAGAGGAGUUUGAGCGGACACGCUGGGACGUGGUGUCGCACAUUCGGGACUACGGCUGCUCCCACCUCAUGAGGUCCUGCUACGAAAGAUUGCAGCUCUUCAGUGUGCAGGUCAUGAACUAUUCGCUGGAGGCACUGGACCUGGCAGCCGUUAGAGUUAAAAUGUUAACAGCAAGAGUAGCCGAUCAAAUUGCGCGCGAAAACAUUCCAAACGAGAUGAAUGAAUUCGUCGGACCAAUAGGAAACGAGUAUGACGACAUAGAUGACGUCAUCGGUAGCGGCCAUCUUGUUUCCGGUGAUCAGGCGGCCGGUGGUGGUGAUGAUGACAAUGAUGAGUUUAUGCCGCCCAAGAGAAUCUCAAGCUCAAAGUGCAAGUCGUCGAGACCGGCCUCUGUUUUAAAAUAUUCGGAAGAUUUCCAGGGAGCUGCCACCACUCAGGGACCUGUCUCGCCCCCCUUAGAUUGUGACGUCAGCAACACUACCAGUCCUCCACUGGUGCAUCUAUGCAAGGAUAGGCCCAAGAGGCCCAAAAGUCGGCCCCCUACUAAGCCCGUCAGGGACUCCGGGGAGGGUAACGAUUGGGGUGACAUGAGAAGUGGUUACGAGUUGUUGCAGAGUGGUUUGAGUCUUGGUGUAGAGCCACAACAACAACAACCGCAACAACAUCAAACUAUCAUUCCUUGCUCAACUUCGUCCGCGCCAACAACUCCCAAAUCCAAAAAGAGUGACGACAGUUUUUUGUCUUCAAGCAUUUCAUCGACCGGAAUCUACGCCAAAAAACAACAAUUGGACGCUGUUUUCAACUCCCCGGCCGCAACAACUUCACCACACCAGGCGACUGCUUGCGACAAAUCCGCCACACCCUCCUCAUCAUCCCUUUCUCCAGUUCCGGCACUCAGGAUCAAAAAAUUGAUGAAAUCAGCCGCAAGCAACCCCACCCAGCAACAACAACUUCCUCUAACAGCAUCUAGCAACGAUCCACAGCUACCACUACCACCAGCAGCAGCUACAGUAGCAGCAGCUCUAGAUGACAGCACAUCACCAAUCAGGAACAAAUUUGCCGCCAUGACACUCGAAGAUCGGGAACCUUCCGUGGUUCAGUCAGCUCCUGCAAAACUUCGCAAGCCCCCCCAAGCCCUGAGGUCCGGUGGGGGUGGUGGUGGGGGCUUGAUGCCAUCUAUGCAAGAGAUCCAACAGAAGAGGCUGACUAUGAAGCAUGUUACUGAUGACGAAGUUCCCAACAUUGUUGUUACAGACAGAAGUAAAAGAGCUUCAGACAGCAACAUACUGAGACCAACGCAAGCAGAGUUAAGCAGUGGGAGCGGUGCUGCAGAGGGGGGCUCAGGGACUGCCGAAGGGGGUCUAGGAGGGUCUGAAAGUCAACACAAGGGAGGCUACAAAAGGGGUAAACUCGUACCGCCACCACCACCGAAGCAUAAAAGGAAUAGCGCGAGUGGUAAAUUUGUCAGCGGAGAGAAGAGAUUAGGUGGAGAGCCUAUCGCCUCGGGGAAACUAAUUUUGUUACACACACUUAUAAUAUAUAAUAAUAAUAAUUAUUAGUAUUAGUAUUAGUAUUAUGUUUAUAUACAUGUGUAUUUUUAUAUAAUUUUCUAUUUAUAAGUUCCAUUUUUAUGAACUCUUAGCAGGAUGUCUUCUGUUAUAUUAUAUAUUUACAUUCAAUGAUGAUUGUACUCACAAAAACGUUAUUCACACACGCGCACUCGCACACACAUAAAUACACACACACACACACACACACACACACACAACAUAUAUAUAUAUAUAUAAUUUUUUUAUUUUUCAUGUUUAGUUUAUAUUAGGUUUCAAAUGUAUUUCUAUUCGUUAUAUUUAUAAGUAUUUCAGGUAUUAAAUAUACAUACACACAUACAUACAUAUACACAUACAUACAUACAUACAUACAUACAUACAUACAUACAUACACAUACAUACAUAUACAUACAUACAUACAUACAUACAUACAUACAUACAUACAUACAUACAUACAUACAUACAUACAAACAUACAUACAAACACACAUACAUACAUACAUACAUACAAACAUACAUACAAACACACAUACAAAUAUUUUCUUAGAGUCAAAACAGUAUUCUUGCCUUGGUCGGUUACAUUAUAAUUAUGAAUUUUAAUUUGAUGUGAAUUUAUAUGAGAGGUGAAGAAUUAAAAAAACUGAAGCAUCAUUGCAACAAAUUUUCUUAGUUUAUCUAUCUAUUUAUAGUAUGUUUAUUUAACUUCGUCUUUGUCAUUAUUAUUAUUUAUUAUUAUUAUUUAUUAUUAUUAUUAUUGUUGUUGUUGUUAUUGUUGUUGUUUUUGUUGUUGUUGUUGUUGUUAUCGUCCUCAGGUAGGUCCAUUUAAUCGGCCAUUAAUGUAUGUCUGCUGCUUUCAUGACAGCAGUAAAACAAUCACAUUAACGUCAAUAUCAGAACGAUUAGGCCAACAGCAAGAACAACAUUAACGACAACAACAACAACAUCAUCAUUAACGACAACAACAACAUCAAUUUGAUAGUCAACAGAUGUAACAUUAAAAAUCAAACGAUCGAUCAUGUGUCUACCUCUGCUACUGCUGGGGUUGCGGUGGUCGUGAUAAUGAUCGUGAUUGUGGCAGUGAUGAUGAUGAUGACGACGACGACGAUGAUGAUAAUGA